GGGAGCUGGGCUUGCUCAAUUGAUGGCAACUUGGUCCAAAUGGGCCUUCUUAGAGGACGACCCAGAUCUUGAUGAGGAAGGGGAAGCCUCGUUCUCGCAAGCCAAAGAGCUCCGGGAGCAGGCCAACGCAUUGGCCCACCACGCGCAAUCUAAGGCGCUGCCUGAACGCCAGGAAUGCUUGGCGCAGGCCGUGACCAUGUAUUGCAGAGCUGACGAGCUCUUGAAAGAGAACAACUUCAACAAGCAGGCAGUCGAGGUGGCUCUUCAGUGCCGCCUGAACGCCGCCUGCCUGGCCUUGCAGGUGGCUUCCAUGCCGCUGGGGGCCGCGGGACAAAAGCAGGUGGAGCAGGCUGCCGAAACCGCUCAUCGCCUGGCGCACGCAGCCUUGAAGCUGGACCAGAAGAAUCCGCAUGCUGCUUUGGUGCUGGCCCGUCUCGGCGCAGACCAGCGGAAUGCGAACGCUGCAAGGCAGUGGCUCUCCGCAGCAAGUCAGUGGGCCAAAGAGCGAAAUGAGAAGGACGUGCAGAACCAAGUUGCGCAGCUGGAGAAGAAGCUUAAUCCGGAACCCACUUCUUGGGGCCAAGAAGUUCCAGACUGGGUGCGGCUGGGCGUUGCCUUGCUUAAGCAAAGCAAGCCUGCAGAGGCAGAGAAGCUCUUCACUCGGGCCAUUGAAUUCCUGGAUCAAAAGGAGCAGGGCGGGCCAAUAGAGGUUCUAAGUGCUCAAGCUCUGCGAUCGCUGGGCUUUGAUGCGCUGGAGGGGCUGGGGGACUGCCUGGCAGCCAAGCGCGACUUCGCAGGCGCCCUGCGCAGUCAGCGCAGGGCGGCCGCGCUGCUGAAGGCGCCCCCAGGGACGCAGGUGCCCUUCAAGGAGCCGGAGUUUUCAAGGCGUGAAGGGCUCCUGCACCUUUCCAUGGGUCAUGCUGCCGAGGCUUCCCAGGAGGAGUCUCUGCCUUUGUUUCGCCGAGCGGCUCAGGCACUUCAGAGGCCGGGUACCGAUGCAGCGCUGGAAGGGACCGCCGUCUUGGAGCUGGGCCUUCGACUCGAGGCUGCAGAUGAGUCUGACCUGGCGGUGCCUGCUUUGGAGCGCGCCCUGGAGUGCUUCAAGCUCGCUCAGGGAAGGCUCCACGCUGGAGGAGGGGACGAGCCGGAAGAGGCGAAGUUCCAGCGGCGACAGCUACAAGCACAGGCAGCUCUUUGCUCCCUUCACCAGAUGCGCGGGGAUCGGGCUGCCGUGGAGGAGACGCUUGAUGCAUCCAGACACCUUCUAUCCGUCCCAACUGAAGUUGCAACUGCGUCUGCGCUGGAGUGGGCAAAGCUGUGCGGCGAAUGGGCGUUUGGUGCGGCCAAGGCAGGACGACUGGCCGAUGCGGAGGAAGCCUUGCUGCAAAAGUGGCGGCUGGCAGGCGGCAAGGAUUCAGAGACACAGGAUGACAAAGUUUCAUCUGAGCUGGACGCACGAUGCUUGAACUUACAAAGAGAGGCUUUGCAAAGUCUGGCCCUGGUUCGGCAGAAAGUGCAGAACCAAGCGGGUGUCGAGGACGCCAUGGCCCGUCUGAGCCAUGCACCUGGUGCCCAGGAGGAUGUGGAGAAGAUGCAGCAACAUCUCCGACGAGCACCGCAGGGGAGAGACUGCAAGGCACCUUCCGAUCGCAGUCUCACGGAGCAAGUCCAGAAGUUUGCCUGCAGAGGUGCUGGCCUGGCUGCUGUGGCUGCUUUGGGUGUGGUGCUUGCGUACUGCGCAACCCCGACGCCGCAAGCUUGAG